AUGCUCUCAGCCAAUGACUUUGCAUCUGCUUCUUGGGAGCUCGUGGUCCGAGUGGACCAUCCGGAUGAAGAGGAGCAGAGGGACGUCACUCUGAGAGUGUCCGGAGACCUGCACAUUGGGGGAGUGAUGCUCAAGUUAGUAGAACAGAUCAACAUAGCCCAAGACUGGUCAGACUUUGCCCUUUGGUGGGAACAAAAGUGUUGCUGGCUCCUGAAAACGCACUGGACCCUGGACAAAUGCGGAGUCCAGGCAGAUGCAAAGCUUGUCUUCACCCCUCAGCACAAAAUGCUUCGCCUGCGCCUGCCCAACGUGAAGACAGUGAGAUUGCGAGUCAGCUUCUCGGCUGUGGUGUUCAAAGCGGUCAGUGAUAUCUGCAAAGCCUUGAAUAUUAGAAGACCAGAAGAACUUUCCUUGUUGAAACCUUCUAGUGACUAUUUUAAAAAGAAGAAGAAGAAAGACAAAAAUAAUAAGGAGCCCUUAAUUGAAGACAUUUUAAACCUGGAGAGUUCUCCAACAACUUCUGGGCCACCAGUAAGUCCCGGCUUGUACAGUAAAACCAUGACUCCCACGUAUGACCCCGUCAACGGAACGCCGGUGUCAUCCACUAUGACGUGGUUCAGUGACAGCCCUUUGACCGAACAAAACUGCAACAUCCUCGCCUUCAGCCAACCCCCACGGUCCCCGGAGGCGCUGGCUGAGAUGUACCAGUCUCGGUCUCUGGUCGAUAAAACCAAGCUUAACGCAGGUUGGCUGGACUCCUCGCGUUCCCUCAUGGAGCAGGGCAUCCAGGAGGAUGAGCAGCUGCUGUUACGAUUUAAAUACUACACCUUCUUUGACUUGAAUCCCAAAUACGAUGCUGUCCGAAUAAACCAGCUCUAUGAACAAGCCAGGUGGGCCAUUGUCUUAGAAGAAAUUGACUGCACAGAGGAAGAAAUGUUGAUCUUCGCAGCACUGCAGUAUCACAUCAGCAAAUUGUCGUCGUCCGCUGAAAUACAGGACUUCACGAGUGAGUCUGAGGUCGAUGAAGUGGAAGCAGCACUUUCUAAUUUGGAAGUGACCCUAGAAGGUGGAAAAGCGGACAACGCUUUGGAGGACAUCACUGAUAUCCCUAAACUUGCAGAUAAUCUCAAAUUAUUUAGGCCCAAGAAGCUAAUAUUAAAAGCUUUCAAACAAUAUUGGUUCGUCUUUAAAGACACGUCUAUAACCUACUUUAAACACAAGGAACUUGAAGAAGGAGAACCGGUAGAAAAGUUAAAUCUUAGAGGCUGUGAAGUUGUGCCAGAUGUGAAUGUAGCAGGAAGAAAAUUUGGAAUCAAGUUACUAAUCCCUGUUGCGGAUGGUAUGAAUGAAGUGUAUCUGAGAUGUGACCAUGAGAAUCAAUAUGCCCAGUGGAUGGCUGCCUGUAUCUUGGCAUCAAAGGGCAAAACCAUGGCAGAUAGCUCCUACCAGCCAGAAGUCCUCAACAUUCUUUCAUUUCUGAGGAUGAAAAACCGGAAUUCAACGUCUUCCUUGGCCUCCAGUCCUGAAAACAUGGACAUGAACCCGGAAUGUUUUGUGUCACCCCGGUGUGCAAAAAAACACAAGUCUAAACAGCUGGCAGCCCGAAUUAUGGAGGCCCACCAGAACGUGGCCCAGAUGUCCCUGGUUGAAGCCAAGCUGCGGUUCAUUCAGGCAUGGCAGUCUCUACCCGAAUUCGGCCUCACUUAUUACCUUGUCAGAUUUAAAGGAAGCAAGAAAGAUGACAUCCUGGGAGUUUCAUAUAAUAGGCUGAUUAGAAUCGAUGCAGCCACUGGGGUCCCAAUUACAACAUGGAGAUUUGCCAACAUGAAACAGUGGAAUGUAAAUUGGGAAAUCCGGCAGGUGGCGAUCGAGUUCGACCAGAAUGUCUCCAUUGCGUUCACCUGCCUGAGUGCAGAUUGCAAGGUGGUGCACGAAUACAUCGGUGGCUACAUUUUCCUGUCCACCCGCUCCAAGGGCCAGAAUGAAACACUAGACGAGGACCUGUUCCACAAGUUGACGGGCGGUCAGGAAUGA